AAGUACGAAAUUCUACAUCAUUUGCUGUGUUCGUUAUUCCAAAAAGGAAAUAUUCCAAGAAUGGAAACAGAAAACACUAAUCGAUUAUCACGAAGAUCGAUAUCAAUGAAUAAACUAUAAUCGUUUCUUGUGGUAUUCCACGUGAGAUCGUAAUUUACUGUUUCGGGAGUGCGAGUGUACGGGUUCGGUUUAACGGGAUAAAAACAAAAAACAGUAAUCGAUGAGUAUUUGUGACGAACAUGGAUAUCAAUGAAUAAACUAUAUUCGUUUCUUAUAUUACAGUAUUCCACGUGUAAUCGUAAUUUGUUGUUUCGUUAGUGCGAAUACGGGAGUGCUUUCUAUUUUACGAUUAAAACGAUCGAUAAGUGUUUAUUUGCUUGAUCAACUGCUUAUACGUAGCCCACCACGAAAUGCGAAGCUACUAAAGAUAAAGGUAGCUCCUAAUAUGGAAGUUGUAUGGUAAAAAUGGAGUUUUGUAAUGGAAUAUAGGGAAUUACGUACUAUGAUAAUUAUAGUGUCAGCAUAUGACGGAUUCCAUAAUGAUGGGAGUACAAGUCUAUAUUACAGUCCAACCAGAGAAUCUAUUUAUUUACCACAAAAUAGAAACAAAAUGGGGCUUUUCGAAAGGAAUGUUCGAUCUUCACCACGACGUCAUUAUCCGGCCCCUUUUUUUAUAAAAAAUUCCCACUUAUAUAAAUCUAAACCACGCUUGCGUUAUCGGUAUCGAAAAGAUAAAGAUUAUAGUGGUGAAGACAUACCACCAUCUGCUAGGAUGAUGGAAUGUUUGAAUACCAUAGAUCCGGAAGAUCUACCGCCAAAUGGUGAUUUCUUCAGUAAUUCUAUGGACGAACCUGUUAAUAGAAUCUUUAGUGAGGAAAAUGAUACUGACAUCGAAGGAUAUCCUUAUCAAGUUGUGGUGGUUUUUAAAAGUGGCAGAGCAAUGUGCGGAGGAGCAAUAAUUGCAGACAAAUUCGUUCUCACUGCCGCUCAUUGUUUUGUAAGUCUUGAAAGUAAAGACUAUCGUGUGAAAGCUGGAAUAUCGAAUUUGGACGAAGAGGGACAACAACGACAGGGCGUUAAAGUAUUUAAACAUGAAAAGUAUUCAAAGUUGUUUGAUUACGACAUUGGAAUUCUUAUGGUUGAUGAACCAUUCGAAUUCAAUAAGAAAGUAGCAAAGAUAAAGUUGCCUGAUAGUGAAUGUUUUAAAGAAGGCGACAUGGUAACAAUAAUAGGAUACGGUCAGUACGGUACACCAAAUGUAGACCUUUUCGCUUUAGAAGUUCCAUCGACAACCCGGGAAAAAUGUAUGAAAAGAAAGUAUGGGCCGCAAAACAUUGAAAUAACAGACAGAAUGAUUUGUGUAGAUACACCAAAAGGUCUCGAUAUAUGUUAUGGAGAUUCAGGUUCGCCGGUCGCGAAAGAUGGAUACAUCAUAGGGGUAGUUUCACAUGGAACUGUAUGCGACCAUGGUGAUCCUGUCAUAUUCACAAAUGUAACGUAUUUUCUUAACUGGAUAUACAAUAUUAUUUCGAAGAAUGAAUAAAAACUAUUUGGUUUGUUCAUUUGAUUAUGUAUUACAUCUACUAAACUGUAAUAUACAAUAACAUGUACUUAUUAUCUUAUUAUUAGCCGCUAUUUACGAUAUUGGUUAUUAAUGUAAGUGGUUGAUUGCUAUUUGUUUUCCAUUUAUUUUUAUUUUCAAAAAUUUGUUUGAAAUGAAAUGAAAACCUUCUUGUAUUAUGUUAAGUGUAGGAAAAGUAACAGAAUUUACAAAAAAAAUAUAUUUUUUUUUAAUUAAACACCACACCCUUUCUACUUCCAAUCCACGUGUUAAAGGAACCUUUCCGUCCAAACCCAGGUGUUUUUUCU